AUGGAUUUAACCCGAGGCGUCUUGUUCCGGCUCUUGCUCCUGGCUUCCUGCCUCGGACCCGGCGCUGUGCCGCUCAGAGCAGCUCUCAGAAAACCAGGCAAGGUGGGGCCGCCUCUUGAUAUCAUGCUGGAGGCACUGAACUGUACAGCUCUCAGCAUCCAGUGGAAGAUGCCAAGGCAUCCUGGGAGCCCCAUCAUGGGGUAUACUGUCUUUUACUCUGAGGUCGGCGUUGAUAAAUCCCUGCAGGAGCGGUCCCACGGUGUGCCACUUGGCCUGGAUACCCUGACCACGGGGCGAUUGGAUCAUCAGAUGAUUUUUGAGGAAGUGAUCGGAGAUUUGAAACCAGGCACUGAAUACCGAGUAAGCGUGGCAGCUUACAGCCAGACUGGCAAAGGGAGGCUUAGCUCUCCUCGGCACGUUACCACUUUGCUCCAAGAUUCCUGCCUGCUUCCAGUAGCACCUCAGCAGCUGCACGUCACUGUGGUUUCUGAUUCCGAGGUGGCCCUAUCUUGGAAACCUGGAGAGAGUGAAGGAAGCUCCCCUAUUCAGUACUAUUCUGUGGAAUUCAUCAGGCCAGAUUUUGACAAGAGUUGGACCUUAAUCCAAGAGCAGCUCCAGAUGGAUUCCAUGGUCAUCAAGGGCCUCGAUCCGGACACCAGCUAUCAGUUUGCCGUGAGGGCCGUGAACCCCCACGGUCUCAGCCCCCGUAGCCAGCCGAGUGAUACCAUCCGAACCGCCCGCCCUGAGGAAUCAGGAAGUGGGCUCUAUUAUAUAACCGACACAGAAGUCAGCGAGGAUGACGCAUAUGAAGACGACUUAGAUUUGGAUAUUUCCUUUGAGGAGGUUAAGCCGCUUCCUGCUAUCAAAGAAGGCAAUAAGAAAUUUUGGGUGGAAUCCAAGAUGGCGCCCAGAUCGAACCCAAUGACCUUUUCUAGGCUUGUCCCCGCUACACCAGCAUCUCUCCCCGUGACUGAUGGGACACCUCAGCCCACUCCAGUGGAGAGGAAAGGGAAGAAUGGUGCAGCUAUGAUGCCAAGGCUUUUUGACGUGUCUUGUGAUGAAACUCUCUGCUCUGCUGACAGCUUUUGUGCCAAUGACUACACGUGGGGGGGCUCUCGAUGCCACUGCAACCUGGGCAAAGGUGGUGAGAGCUGCUCAGAAGAUAUUGUUAUACAGUAUCCUCAGUUCUUUGGCCACUCCUAUGUAACCUUUGAAACUCUGAAGAACUCUUAUCAGGCAUUUCAAAUUACUCUUGAAUUUAGGGCAGAGGCGGAGGAUGGCUUACUGCUCUACUGCGGGGAGAAUGAACACGGGAGGGGAGAUUUCAUGUCCCUGGCUGUCAUCCAGCGCUCGCUCCAGUUCAGGUUUAACUGUGGAACUGGGCUCGCCAUCAUCGUAAGUGAAACCAAAAUCAAACUAGGGGGCUGGCACACGGUUACGCUCUACAGAGACGGGCUGAACGGGCUGCUGCAGCUGAACAACGGCACCCCGGUGACAGGCCAGUCCCAGGGCCAGUACAGUAAAAUUACCUUCCGGACACCUUUCUAUCUUGGUGGGGCUCCCCGUGCUUACUGGUUGGUGAGAGCAACAGGGACAAACAGAGGCUUUCAAGGCUGUGUACAGUCACUCACUGUGAAUGGGAAGAGAAUGGACUUGAGGCCCUGGCCGCUGGGGAAGGCACUCAGCGGGGCUGAUGUGGGGGAAUGCAGCAGUGGAAUCUGUGACGAAGCCUCCUGCAUCAAUGGUGGCACCUGCACAGCCAGCAAAGCUGACUCCUACGUUUGCCUCUGUCCCCUGGGAUUUAGAGGUCGACACUGUGAAGAUGCUUUCACCUUGACCAUUCCUCAGUUCAGAGAGUCUCUGAGGUCCUACGCUGCAACACCCUGGCCACUGGAGCCCAGGCAUUACCUCUCCUUCAUGGAGUUUGAGAUCACGUUUAGGCCUGACUCAGAUGACGGCGUCCUCCUGUACAGCUAUGACACGGGCAGCAAAGACUUCCUGUCUAUCAACAUGGCAGGGGGCCACGUGGAGUUCCGCUUUGACUGCGGCUCUGGGACUGGUGUUCUCAGGAGUGAAGAGCCCCUCACCCUGGGUCACUGGCACGAGCUGCACGUGUCUCGCACAGCGAAGAAUGGUAUCUUACAGGUGGAUCAGCAGAAAGUGGUGGAGGGAAUGGCGGAGGGAGGCUUCACCCAGAUUAAGUGCAACUCGGACAUUUUCAUUGGUGGGGUCCCCAAUUAUGAUGACGUGAAGAAGAGCUCAGGCAUCCUCAAGCCAUUCAGUGGAAGCAUCCAGAAGAUAUGCAGGUUGACCCACCAACCCAGAUUUCCAGGACCACUAAACACUGAGGGAAAAGAAUUUGAAGAAAAGCACAUCCGUUUCCUGGAUGUUAGCAGUAUCCUGUUUCCCUUUAGCAACCACUGGAGGAACGGGGGCCACUGAUCCCUUUCAGACCUGCAGCAGAGUAAGGAGAGGCUGAGAUGAUGGAGGGACAGUGAGAGAGGGUCCUCUCAAACGAUUUGCACGUCUGGACUCUGGGAAGGGCCCCUGGGGCUCUGUACUCUGUAUCCCAGUGUAGGGCCCAGAAAAGGGGCCCAGUCAAUAUUUCCUCUCUCUGGUGUGCUUCCCUUUGUUGCUGAACUGUGAUAUCAGUGACACUUCAGUUCGGACCGCUGUCCCUCCAGGAAUGGGGGCGGGGACACGGUCCCCAUCGGCCACGUGUAAUCACGGGUUUGAAAUUAGGCAGCGGGCUGAGUUGCUAAGAGGCUUCACCUUCCUUCCUGCUCUGUCAGGUUUUGCCCCUUCUUCAUACAGCACACACAAGCCUUUCCUCCUUACUUCCUGGAAAGGCCCUCCUCCCCUCCCAGUGACCCAGUCAUUGGCUCUGCCUUAUCCUGCAGUGGGCCGAGCCGUUCUUGGCUUGUUCAAGUCCUGCAUUCUCAGCAAGAAAAGGAGGAGACUGCGGAAAGAUUCUGGCUCUUAUCUGGCAGCUUCUGAGAUUCAGGGCUAGGGAAAAGUUUUCUCCCAGCCCUCCUGACACUCUCUAACAACUAGGCAAACCUGUGGAAACAUGGAUUAGUGGCUGGAAGUGCCAUUACUAAUCUCUUAGGACCCCCUGCAUGGUGGACCUUCCCCCGGGACGUGUUCUCUCUGUCUCCGAGUUCAGCAAAGCCUGUGAGACUUUGAAAUAGCAACAGCUCAGGGCCAAUGCACACUCCGUUUAUUUGUGGCUGGGGAGACCAGUAACCUCGCCCUCUAAUUCAUCAGUUUCACUAAAGCCCCACUGCAGGGAAAAAGGGUGAGCAAAGAGCUCUCUGGUCCAGUGAAUAUGCAGAGCAGUGCUAAGAACAUGAUCAGAGUUUCACUCCAGGGAAGAGGAUGUGGAGAGGAAGGGGAUUCCAGAGCGUCAGGGGAGGGAGGAAGCAGGAGGGAGGGGGGCGAUUGCAGAGGCCGAGUUGGUGGAGCUGGAAGAAGCCGCAGAGAACUCUGGCCAGGAAGACACAGCAGUACGAUUCCACCACCUCCAGGACGCAGUCACCCGCCCUUGGAUUCCUGCCUGUGUAGCAUUUUGUGUUGUAUUCUUCCUUAAUCCGCUUUACUAGCAGCAUCUCUCAACCUUGGCUUCACCUUAGAAGCACCUGGGAAGCUUUUUAAAGUUAACGAUGACUCCAUUUCAC